AUGAACAAAGCCUCGAUCAACUUCAUCCUGGACGCGCGGCCGCCGAGUCGCAAGUGCCCCGUGCACGCGGCGCAGAAGGCCAUGGAGAAGCGCUUGUACAACCGCGAGCGGCAGCAGCACCUCCGCCGCAUCGAGAACCACGAGCGCCAAAUGCUCAAG